GAGUUGUUGACAGUGGUGGAUAUUGGAGGUCUUCAACCGCUGAGAAGCCUAUACUUGAUGAGCAGCAAAGGGAAAUAGGGUUCGUCAGAACCCUUAACUUUUUUGAGUUCAAGGAUGAGAAAAAAAGUCGAAAGGAUGCCACCAAAACUAGAUGGUUAAUGCAUGAGUAUCGUCUUCCCGGAGACACGUUCCAAGAAUGGGUUAUCUGCAAGAUCAAAGACACCUCUCGUUCUCCGUAUAAUGAAUAUUCUAAUUCUAUUUGGGUGAAAAAGUUAUUCGGAAAGUUAUUGUUGACGCAUUCAGAUGAGAAUCAUCAGCAUCAAGAUGAAUAUCAGUCUCAGAUUCAGUCAUCUACUGUUUUCAAUAAUGAAAAUCCAUCAAGUUAUGAAGUUGAUCAGUUACUAGAUGAUGACCUUUUUAAAGAGGUGGAUCAGUUAUUGGAGAUCAACGACGACAAUCGGAUUCAAACUCAGUCAUCCACCGUUUCUAAUGACGGAAACCUAUCAAGUUAUAAAGUUGAUCAACUACUGUAUGUACAUGAGAAAGAAAUAUCAAAAGAUGAUGACCUUUUAAGAAAGUGGAACAGCUAUUAG